AUUCACAAUUAGCAAUCUUACCUCAGUAUCAAGGAAUCAGAGUAAUCCGGAUCUCAAGUAAAUCUAAAAAUAAAGCAGUCAAGGAAAAAAAAAAGCCAGCUCUAGUUGUUUCUAUACAAGUAAUUGUCCAAAUAACUUCAAGAAAGUCCAAGAAGAAAAUCUUACCUGUAGCUCCAAGCUAA